UAUCUCUUCAUUGUCUUCUUCUAAAACUCCUUUCCACAAACAAACAAACCCUAAACUACAAAACCCUAAUUAAAAACUCCUCUUCUGAUUUCUUGCUCUCACCAUUAGUUCUUUUUUCUUUACACAAACUCUUCUCGUUUCUUUUUCUUUUCGAAGAUUCAUCUCUUAUGGCCUUUCUUAGGUUUGCUUGCUUUUUGUUGGUUGUUCUUCCUGUUACAUCACUCUCCAUCAUCAAGUUUCAUCAACAAGACAAAGAUGUAGCUGAAGAUAGGGUUGGUUCACUCAAAAUGGAACUUCUGAGGAACAAUAACAUUGGAGGAAGAAGAUUAGGAGCAGCGAAAGAGUUCAUGGAAAUGGAGAAUAGCAAAAGCUUUGGAAAGAAUGGGUCUAAAGAGAAGAUUUCAAAUAUGGUUUUUUCAAGUGCUUCCAAUGAAGAAAAUGGCAAAAAGAAGAAUAAGAAGAAGGAGGUUUCAAGUUUAGAAACAAAGAAAAUGGGAAUUAGUGGGUCAACAGUUGUUUAUAAUAAUGCUGAUUAUUUGACUUAUAUGCAUCACCCACCAAAACAUAAUUGAUUCCCAAAAAAAAAAAGUAUUGAAGCUUUUGGUUCUUAAAAGUUCUUGUUUUUAUGCAUGUUAAAUAUAUAUAUCCAAUUUUCCUAUCUUCUUAUAAUAA